AUGAAUAGACUAUUCGGCGCAAAGUCUUCAGCCCCAAAACCCACCCUCAGUUCCGCCAUUUCCAAUGCAAGUUUGCCCUUCCCUCUUCUAUCAUUCACGCCCUGCUACACUACACCUGUCGACGAACGCAUCUCCACCCUCGACGUAAAGCUCGCCUCGAUAAACGCCGAAUUAACCUCCUACCAAACGAAGCUCUCCAAAAUGCGCGACGGCCCCGGCAAAACCGCCAUCAAGCAAAAAGCGCUCAAAGUCCUGCAACGCCGCAAAAUGUACGAAGGACAACGCGACCAACUGCAACAACAAUCCUACAACAUGGAAUCCGCCGCCAUGAUGCAAGACAACCUCCAAAAUGUCAUGACCACCGUCUCGACGCUCAAAACCACCAAUGCCGCUCUGAAGAAACAAUAUGGGAAAAUCGACAUCGAUAAGAUUGAGAGGAUGCAGGAUGAGAUGGCGGAUUUGAUGGAGGUGGGCAAUGAGAUUCAGGAGAGUAUUAGUCGGAGUUAUGAUUUGCCUGAGGAGGUGGAUGAGGCGGAACUUGAUGCGGAAUUGGAGGCGCUGGGGGAGGAAGCGGAGUUUGAGGGGUUGGGCGGGAUGGCGGAGGGGACGCCAAGUUUUAUGGUGGAUGAGGUGCCCAGUUUUAUCGAUGAGCCGCCGCAGAAGGUGGGUGAGGUGAAGGAGGCUGCUACAUGA